UUAGAGUGACCAUCUUGCUAUAAACUUCUAUCGUGUUUCUUCCAUCAGUAACAUUGUAAUUUGGCGCGCACGAGACUCGGAAACAAUAAUUAUUUGUUUAUGUGCGCGAUGCCUUGCAACAUGGAACUACCUAGCUCCCCAGAAGAGCUGACAGCACAAGACAAUGAAAAUUGGAAAGAGUUACUAAACGAUUCCACAAAAUGGCACUCUAUUCCGCUGCUAAAUCACACACCUUUGCACAAAUUGAAAGAUCAGGGGCUGGUACGUUUUCGUGGCAUGGUGCAGGACAUGAUGGAUCCAGAAAUCUACUUGGAGCGAUAUGAGGUAAAAUUAGCUGACGGCAGUGCACGUACACAGCCAGGCAAAUAUCGGGAUUGUCUGCGACUGGGCAAAGAUGAACUACUGGACUACCAUGCCGACAGCAAUGUGCAUGGCGAGCGACGCACAUUAUUUGUGGUCUCAGUACCUGGUCUCAAUGACUGGGCUAAAGAGCACGAAAAGCAAUGUAACCCGCAGUCACAACAGUUGCCAAGUGUUGGAAGUGGUGUCAAACGCGCAUUGGAUGAACAAGAAGAUAUGGAAGUGGACAAAACAGAUGAAUCUAACAUUAGCUCAGCCAAAAAGCAAUGUGUAAAUGUUGAGAGCAAAGCAGAAACGAAGGGCUGCAGCUCUGCAGUACUUGGCUCAGACUAUCUGCUCAACUCGCCGUUGCCCAGUCGUCCAAGCAUGGCCUGCAUGGUGAAGGUCUACGAGGAAUUCGAUAAAUACACCUUAAAUUCGCUAAUGGAUUUUGUGGGCUUUCUGUCUGUGGAUCCAGCAUUGGACGCAUCCACGCUGGACGUUGAGGCCAUGAAGGAUGUGGAAAGCCUAGCCGAGCUGCAGGCACAGAAUCCGUCGCCAUUUCUAAUACCGCGCCUGCAUGCCUUUGCCGUCAAGUCUUUGUGCCAUGCCAAUCCGCUGCUAGACGAAAGUCUUCAGCAACCUGCUGCAAUUGAGGCACCACAUGCACCACAAUCUUUGGAAAGCAUACACAAGGAUUUGCGCAUGCUGCUCAAACUUUGCCUGUUCGAGGACGAACUGGCUGCCGAAUAUCUUCUUUGUCAUCUAAUUUCUACAGUUUAUAGCCGUUCUGAGAUGCAGAGCAUUGGCAAAUUCGCAUUGAACAUCUGUAACCUGCCCAAAGAGUGUCUGCAGCAAUAUACAACAAAGCUAUAUGAGGUACUCGAGCUCUUGUUGCCUGCUAGCCACUACCUGCCAAUAACCCUAGAAACCAUGAACACAGCAGCCUUUACACCAAAAAAGGACUAUGAGACGAACAAGCUGGUCUCUGGGUUGCUGCAGCUGGCGCCCCAUACACAUCUGGUACUCGACGAGACGCACAUGCAGCAGGGCAAGCUGGAAGCGAAUGGUGUGCAUGCCAUACAGCAUCUAGCGAACCUUAUUAACAAUCAGCAGCUGAAGUGCGACUUUCAGUAUUAUCAAAUAGAUUACAAUGUGGAUAUUCCGGUGCUGGUGCUCAGCGAGGGACGCAGCAUGCUGCCGAGCGACUUUGUGAUGCCAAUUAAGGCAGAUGAAAAAGCUGUUCAGAUUUACGAGGAAUCUUUGAAAGCUGCUUUGCACUAUCUACAGCCGGGGCGCCUGCAGCAGUUCCGCAACUAUUUGACCAUGUCGCGGAUUGCUCAAUUCAGCGUUAGCGAAGAGCACACGGAAAUGAUACAGCAGGAAUUUGUGGAUAUGCGCAAGGCGAAUGUGAAGAGCAAUGCUGAUGAUCUGCACUGUCUGUUGGUCUUAUCGCGCCUACUAGGCAUUGCGCGCGGCAAUGCUACGCUAGAUAAGGAAACCUGGCACUUAGCCACAGAGUUCGAGUCAAAGCGUCGUCAGCGAUUGCAAGCAAUGCCCAAGUCAAGCACUUCAAUGCGAAAUUAAAUUGAAUAUAAAUCGUUUUACA